AUGGAACCUACAUCAUAUCAUGCCACGGCAUGUGUUAACUGUCGCAGACGCGGUCGAAAAUGUGACAGGACGUUACCAGAAUGCCUCAGCUGCGAGAAACGAGGUACAGCCUGCGAAGGCUAUGUCACGAAAUGGCCAGGCGUAGCGGCGCGUGGUAAACUGGCCGGAAGGUCUAUCCCUGUGGCUGAUGGUUCAGUAAUCAUUGCAGGGGCUCACUCGAAGGCACGACAGAGACAACUGAAUCGAGAUGCAUGCACGACACCGACAUCAUCUUUUACUGUCAACCCUGUCCCCUCCGAUGAGGUGGACAAAUUCAUUCAAUAUUACAUCGCAGACCUCAGUACUAUUUUCUUCCUUGGAAAUGGACCGAGCGAAAACCCCAUGUUUCACUAUGUCCUCCCUCUGGUAGACAGCGUGCCUCCGAUCCGCUUUGCUCUUGCUGGAUCUGCAUCGUGCCACAUCGCAGCCAAGACUUCAGACGAACUACUGGAGCGGAAGAGUUUACGGUUACGCCUUCAUGCUACACAUUUGUUACGAGAGAUGCUCCAGAGUCCAAACGCUGCAACAGACCAGACCAUAUUAGCGAGUAUACUGAUGCUCGCACAGCUUGAUAUGUGUUCGGGGGAUUGCGUCGAGUUUCAAACUCACUUGAAAGCUGCUGUUGCUGUGAUACGCAACCCUGGAUAUGAUGGAUCAGCCAACAAAUAUUAUUUUGAGCAGCGUCUUGCAUGGCUUGAUGUUAUGAGCUCCACCACCUCUCAGAGCUCACCAAAUCUAACAAUGGCAGAGGUGAGGGUAACAAUCGGUCGCUUCACAAGUAACGGUCAAAGGCAAUGGAGUUACAAUGUGUUUCCAUGCCCAAUUGAUUUGUUUGAGAUCAUCAUCGAGGCUACCUUUCUGUUCAAAGCUCCCAAUCUCGAUUUGGAACAAGUGAAGUCGCAGGUCGAAGACUUGGAGAGAAGAGUGCACGAUUGGAAGUGUCCCACCAUGUCAGGUCCACGAAAACACAUGGUUGAGAUAUGGAGGCUAGGUAUAUCAGCUUACCUCCAUCGACUGUUCCCUGACAUGACUCACCGUGAGUUGGAGGAACCCCUGUCGGAUCAAGUACUGGGUCUAGCAGAACAUAUUUCUCCGGCAUCAUCGUGGAGUUACGCUUUGCUAUGGCCCAUUUUCCAAGCCGUCGUCACAUUCGGUGAUAACGCUGAGAAGGAAAAGGAUCGGAUCAGAAGUCGCCUUCGAAUUGCACUCAAAACUAUUGGAUGUCGGCAUCAUAGCAACGCUCUUGAGACAUUGGAGAUUGUCUGGGCACGAAGUCAAGAGUUUGAUCAUUUUACUAUCAGUAUCCCUGGCCGUACAAUCAUGCUAGUGUAG